CAUAGAGCAAUUCCUGUUAAGGAUUGUUGAUGAUGUUCAUGCUUGUGAGAUAUUCCCGUGGGGAAGGUAUUCUUUUGAGUAAUGUAUGACAGGGAUCCGGAGAAUGAUGAAAAACAUGAAAGGUGAGGUGAAACCAAAAGCACAGAGCAGCUUUUUUGGAUUCAUCACUCCUCUUGAGAUUUUUGCAUUUGAGUGCAUACCACAGCUUGGAAGGCGAUUCAGAGAAGCUGUUCCCGCAGCUAAUGACUGUCCAAGAAUGUGCAAAUCUAAAUUAACUGACAGUUGCAUGAAGGGCUUUACCUUGGAUGAAAUAAACCAAGCCCUUGGUGAAAUUAAGGAUAUCUCAAGCAUCUUGGAACCUGAUAUGGAUGAGAAAGAGAUGUUGUCUGGCCUUGUUGAGAAAUAUGUUGAUGAAGGGAUGGGAUUUAUUGAUCCAGUUGUUGAAGGUUGGAGAGAGCAGCUGAUCACAAAGAAGAAGAAAAUCUGGUGGAAAAGUCUAUACCAGAUGGACUUGCAGGCUCGGGGUUUUGGUGAUGUUGUCCCUGAAGUGGCUGAGAGGCUUGGUGAUGUUAAAGAAAGAGAUGGUGAAGUCUCGGAGAGGCUUGGUGAUAUCCUCUCAUUACAGUCAGCUGUGGACAAAGGAUUUGCGAAGAUCAUGGAGAAGUUUGCUGAGAUGGACAGCAAAGUGAGUAUGCUGGAUGGGAGAGUGAAAGAAUUAGAGGGUUAUGUGGCAAUCCAGCUAGAGAAAGAGCGGUACAAUGAGUAUCAUCCAGGGACUUCAAGUGAUUUUGUGCCAACCUAUUGUACACCAACUGCUAAUCAACCAAUAGCGAGUCCGACAAAGGCUUUGGUCCUUCACAGCGCAUUUUAUGUAUUUGGGGUUUAG